AGCGCGGAGAGCUAGACUGGACUCCAGAGCCGUGGCGGCAGUCUGCACAGCCCUCGGCCCGCUCGGGCGCUGCAGGCCUAAGAAUUUGUGGAAGAAAUGUUCUUGAAUGAGCACAUGACUGGUGAAUGAAUGAAUGUUGAAUGAUUUUGUUAAAUGAAUGGAUCAAGGGGAGCCCUGGCUGUGGCCGGGGAGCAGUGGGCCAUGCCAGGGGCUGUGGAAGGCCCCAGCUGGAAGCAGGCAGAGGACAUUAGGGACAUCUAUGACUUUCGAGAUGUUCUGGGCACGGGAGCCUUCUCAGAGGUCAUCCUGGCAGAGGAUAAGAGGACCCAGAAGCUGGUGGCCAUCAAAUGCAUCGCCAAGAAGGCCCUGGAGGGCAAAGAGGGCAGCAUGGAAAAUGAGAUCGCUGUCUUGCACAAGAUCAAGCAUCCCAACAUCGUGGCCCUGGAUGACAUCUAUGAGAGUGGUGGCCACCUCUACCUUAUCAUGCAGUUGGUGUCAGGUGGGGAACUGUUUGACCGCAUUGUAGAAAAAGGCUUCUACACAGAACGGGACGCCAGCCGCCUCAUCUUCCAGGUGCUGGAUGCCGUCAAGUACCUGCACGACCUGGGCAUUGUACACCGUGAUCUCAAGCCAGAGAAUCUGCUCUACUACAGCCUAGAUGAGGACUCCAAGAUUAUGAUCUCGGACUUUGGCCUCUCCAAGAUGGAAGAUCCCGGCAGUGUGCUCUCCACAGCUUGUGGGACCCCCGGUUACGUGGCCCCUGAGGUGCUGGCCCAGAAACCUUACAGCAAAGCUGUGGACUGCUGGUCCAUUGGGGUCAUCGCCUACAUCCUGCUCUGCGGCUACCCGCCGUUCUAUGACGAGAAUGAUGCCAAACUCUUUGAACAGAUUUUGAAGGCCGAGUACGAGUUUGACUCUCCUUACUGGGACGACAUCUCUGACUCUGCCAAAGAUUUCAUCCGGCACUUGAUGGAGAAGGACCCAGAGAAGAGGUUCACCUGCGAGCAGGCCUUGCAGCACCCAUGGAUCGCAGGAGAUACGGCUCUCGAUAAGAAUAUCCAUCAGUCCGUGAGUGAGCAGAUCAAGAAGAACUUUGCCAAGAGCAAGUGGAAGCAAGCCUUCAAUGCCACAGCUGUGGUGCGACACAUGCGGAAGCUGCAGCUGGGCACCAGCCAAGAGGGGCAGGGACAGCCGGCAAGCCAUGGAGAGCUGCUGACGCCCCCGGCCGGAGGACUGGCGGCAGGCUACUGCUGUCGAGACUGCUGCGUGGAGCCAGGCCCAGAGCUGUCCCCCACACUGCCACCCCAGCUCUAGGCCCCUGAAAGGCUGGGGCAGCCUGCUCCCCUUCCCUCCCUGAUCUGGGGAGCCACCCUGCCCCAUGCCCUCCUCACCCCCUCCUCUCACUCAUCACCACAUUUUCCAUACAAAUGCUUCUA